AUGGGCGUUGCACCCAGUUCGGGCAAUGAUAAUGAUGAUCUCGUGGACAAACUAAUCGAAUCCGAUAUCAUCUCAUCGAAAACAGUCGAAUUCGCGUUACGGCUGGUAGAUCGGCGACGUUUCUUCCCCGAGAAUGGCCGUGAUAUGGCAUAUCGGGAUUUGGCGUGGAAAAGCGACACGGGAUCACCUGGGCGCAUUCACCUGUCCGCUCCCUGUAUAUAUGCUAAUGUUCUUGAAUGCUUGAAGCUUGCUGAAGGACAGAAGUUCCUCAACAUUGGCUCCGGAACGGGUUACCUCAACACUGUUGUCGGGUAUAUUAUCGGUCAUUAG